AGCCAGCAAACCCUGGAGGAGGCGGGGAGGGGGGAUCCGCAGCCUGGGAUUGGUCACCGCUCCGCCUGCCGUGACGCGAGGCGGGCGGGCCCCUUUGUGACGUCACAAUCAGCUGUUUGAACGUUCCAAUUUGUGCUGCGAGCCCAGCUGCAGCGGCUGCACUGACUUAAAGCCCCGCGGGCCAGCGCAGCAGCCACAAGCGUCCCACGCGUAGCCCCGCUGCGUCCCGACCCAGCCUCGGCGAUGCGGCCCGGCCUGUGAUCAGCCGCAGACCCUUGGCCGUUCCGCCGCACAACUACCUCAGCUCCACCGGGCCCGCCGCACCGCCCCCGCCCCGAGGUUUUUUGCACUGCGAUAGGGCGCCCCCCUGAGGCCACUUCACUUCCCAACCAUGUUCCAGCGCCUCACCAGCUUCUUCUUCAGCACACCCCCGCCCCCUGAGGACCCCGACUGCCCCAGAGCCUUCGUCUCCGAGGAGGAUGAAGUGGACGGCUGGCUCAUCAUUGACCUGCCGGACAGCUACGCGGCUCCACCCAGCCCCGGGGCUGCCCCUGCCCCUGCGGGCCGCCCUCCGCCCGCGCCCUCCUUGAUGGACGAGAGCUGGUUUGUUACCCCUCCCGCCUGUUUUACUGCAGAGGGGCCCGGACUCGGGCCCGCCCGCCUCCAGAGCAGCCCCCUGGAGGACCUCCUCAUCGAGCACCCCAGCAUGUCCGUUUAUGUCACCGGCAGCACCAUUGUGCUGGAGCCGGGGCCCCCUUCCCCGCACCCCGACGCUGACCUGCCUGACGGCGACCUUAGCGAUGGAGAGCUGGCGCCCGUCCGCCGCGAGCCCCAGGCGGCCCUGCACCACGCCGCUGCCCCUCUGCCGGCGCGGGCCGCACUGAUGGAGAAGACCGGCCAGGUGCGGCGGCUGCAGCGGGCCCGGCAGCGGGUCGAGCGCCACGCGCUAAGCGCCAAGGUGCUGCAACGGCAGAACCGCGCCCGCGAGAGCUGUACGCGCCGGCCCAAGCACCAGGGCAGCUUCAUCUACCAGCCGUGCCAGCGCCAGUUCAACUACUGAGCGUCGGCCGGCCGAACCACAAACCCCUCACCGAUCCCCAGCCCCUAUCGGGGGCCCUCCGGCGCAGCCAGUGUGCUGUUCGAGGGGCGCCCGCAGCCUGCCCGGGGCUGGACACCACAACCUUCCUCCUUCUGUGUGUGAGGUGGGGUGAUAGCCCCCUCUUCCACCCACUCAAUUUCCUUCUCUCUGAUACUCUAAUCCGCCCCUGAACCCCCUCCCGCCCUUCACCUUCCUCCUGCAUCUAACCCUCCAUCCAUCUCCCCUACCUGGCACUGCAUCCCUCCUUCUCUGGUCCCCGUCCCCACUCUGCCCUUACAUUCCCCUUCAUCCUUGCCCUCCAGUCCUCUACCUCUGGCCCACUCCUCUUUCUGAGAGUCUCCUCUUCCAGUCCUAGAUCUGUCUCUUUCCCCACCUUCAACUCCCACUUUACAAGCCUCACCCUAUCUCAUGUUUGGCACUACACUCGCUCCUGCUCCCAUGUUAUUCAUUUCCAGUAAUUCCCUCCCAAAUGGAUGGGGUGGGGGGAGGGGCUGAGACUAAAAACUGUCUUUAGUCGGGCCUUCCCUUUCCCCUGGGGGCUGGGCUCCUUGUAGUUGCUUAGGCCUGGAAAGGUAAAGUAUGUGGAAGAGGACCGGGAGAUGUGAGUUAGAGGGAGAAGGUGGAGGGAAUCAAGGGAAAGAGGCAGCCGAUUAGAAAUGUAGACAGGACAGACAGGUUGAGAAGCUGUUAAGGAGCAGGGCACCAUGGGAGCUGGUAUUGCACUUGCUCAGAGAGGCCAAGCCCUGCUCAGGCUGAAGCCUGGAGUCUGCCCCCACUUCCCUUUCCUAAAUAAUCCCACCUCCCAAAUCUCUUCCUGAAACCUACCCCUCUGCAGGCCCUGAGUCUGAAGGGCUCAGUUAGUACCUUGCUGCCCUUCCCCCAACAUAUCACUCCAGGAGUAGCGGCUGGGCAAGGCCCUGCCAUCCUGGCUAUCUGUUCACAUGCCCAAGGUGCUAGAACUAGCUUAGGAGAGAUACAGGCCAGAGGGCUUCUAGGCAGGGAAAGUGCACACCCCAGAGUAAGAAUGCAGGGGAACGAUGCUGGGGAGGACAAGCUGUGGGGUGAAGCCAUCUCAAGAAUGACAGCUCAGCCUUCAUCUUGCCUCUGGCUUUGUAUUUCACACCCUGCCCAGGAUGCCUAUUAAACACUCCUGGGUAGGAGGCCAGGAGCUUCACUGUUCCAAUCCCCAAACAGUCCCUAUCCGGGUUCAGGGCUUUCAGGGGGACUCGCCUCAUUCUCUCCUCCAGUGCUCUCUUCCUUUCUAGGCUGCUGGGGAGAAACAGGUGCCCUUUGGUUGGUUCCCCCCCUUCUCCUCUAUUAAGUACCUGGAGGAGGGAACCUGAACCCCUGGGUGAGACACAGGGGACGGGGGAAGCCAGCUUUCCCCUCCUCUUAGUGGGACUGAAUUUUGGGCUCAGACACCAGCAACAGCCUCUUGGGAUGCCCCGAGUUGCUUCCCUUUUUCUCUUUCUAACUGUCCGUUUCUAGUGCGUGCUCUUUCUUCCUUGAAACUUUUAAGAUUUCCUGUUACAUACUAACAUAGGUCUUCCCCCUCACCCCAAUUCCAGGUUUCCAGGCCUUAACAGCCAUGCUGAGACUUGGAGAAAACUCUGCAAUCCCAUGAGGGCAAAGGCAGCUGCCCUCCCUGACCCUGUAGCCCCAAGCCUCAUGUGGGAUGUGUGGGUAAGGGAGGGGGUAGCCCCAUGGAUGCUGGGAUGGGGACAGGAAGAAUCCCUGUUGGGGUCUCUUAUCCAAGGGAGUAAGCCAAAUCUCCACUAAAAACAGAUCAAAGUCCCGCCAGUCCGCUAGGGGCUCAGUAGUUGACAACCUUGCUCCUCUCCCCAAGGCUCUCCUUCAGUUAUGACCUAGUCACUUUUAUUCUUCUAGCCACCCCCUGGGUCACUUCACAGCCAGCUUAGGGUCUUCAGCACUUCCAAGGGCUGAAAACUCCCUCCCACUCUUGCCUAUUCCUUUGAUGCCAGCUGGGGCCUAGGCUCAGUCCUGGGCAUGAUCCUUCUGGUGAGGGAGAAUGAGUUACAGGGCAUUUGGCUCCCAUUUCAGAAGGCCCCUCCCUUCCCCAUAUUUCUGGAGCUCCUGUAGUUCUGGAACCCCUCCAUGCUUAUCACCUAGCUGGUUGCAAGGCUCAUAGGUUUUUGUACUUUCCUAUAGACUCUGUAGCAUUUGAGUGUGGCAAUAUUUUAAUUGUGUAUAGAUUUCUAAGAACCAACACUGCUCAGUCUCCUGCUAGUCUGACUCCUGAAGCAUCAGACCUCGUCAUACUGUAUUGACUGUGUAUGUGCCUUUCACCUUGAGCAUGCUUCAGGAUUUUUUUUUUUUUAAACCACAGAACUUGAAUAAACGAGGGAACCAGAAUUCAUAAAGUCCUAUGCAACCUUAGACAGGAGGGGGUUAGAGAGUCUGUCUUGACUGAUGUUUUCAGAGACCCUGGAGAAGUUGGUUCCAGUUUGUAUUACUUUAAUGUUAAUACUACCAGCACUUUGCCAAAACUGAGUAUGUCAGAGGGACCCGUUUCUAGAGGGAGUCCCAAUUACAUCAAAGGGCGACUUAACAGUAAUUCCCCAAUAUGUCUGAGUGCUCUCUUCAAGCUGGGUGUCACUUUCCAGCCUUUGCCAGUCUGGCCCCAGCAGGGUAUCACGUGUGUAUGAAUGCAGUUUGCUGUUUUGGAGUAUGCCUGCUCCCCGGCCCCUGCCUGGAACCCUGAUCAAUUUGCUCUUACCUGUAAUAUCUUAGGUGCAAUAAGGACCCCACCAGAGCUCUUGGAUGCCUCCUCAGAUCCAUGUGGCUUUAUGUGAGGGGACCGAAUGCAGACACACUAUAACCCCUUAUAUCUUCCUGAAACUUGCCCUGUCACCCAGUUCCAAAUGGAGCUAAGUUGAGUGCAUCCCUCUUGGGUGUUUUGUGUUGAGACUGGCUGAAAUGAGGAGACUUUGGUUGACCAUGUUGUGACGUGUCUACAGACUCAAGGACACAACCACCUCAACCCGGUCAUGUGGCAUGCCUGUGUAUGUGUGUAACAGGAUUCUGAUUGUUAGACUGUAAUGUUAUUCCUCUAUGGGAGAAAAAAAAAUUAAUAUAAAGAAAAACAAAUAAAAAUCUAUUUAAAGCACA